AUGUAUGAGAUCUUUCAAUCAUAUGGGGACAUUGAUGAAGUUAUCAUUCCAAACAAGAGAGAUAGGAGGGGAAUGAGGUAUGGAUUUGUUAGAUUCUUUGGAGUGAGCGAUUCGGAAUUCCUGGCCACCAAGCUGGACAAUAUUUUCUUAGAAAAUAAGAAGAUAUUUGUGAACUUACCACGUUUCCAAAGGAAAGAUUCUUUUGGUAUUCAAGAGAAGAUGAAGGAUAAAAUAGGUGAUAGAGGGAAGCAUGUUGGGGGGCGGCAAUGGAUUCAGAAGCCUGGGUUAGUCAGAAGGGGAGGGGAUAGAGAGGCGGGUUUAAGAAGGGCUUCCUUUGUGGAGGUUCUGAACUCUAAAGCUUCUGAGUCAUUACAUCAGAAGCUACCUCUCAUUUAUGACCAACCAGAAGGUGAUCUAGAACGAUUCAGAAAGGCUUUUACAGGUUUCACUUCCAAACCAGGGUUGACUUAUAAUCUACAAGAAAUCUUUAAUGCAAGAGGUCACAUUGAUGUCAAGAUUACACCUUUGGGGGCGAAUAUGUGUUUGGUGGAAGAUUUAACGGAGGGAGCCAUAUCUUCUUUGCUGAGGAAGGAGGAUCCCUGGAUGAAACAGUGGUUCAGGGAGAUUCGUCCUUGGAAACCAUCAGAUAUUGAUUAUGAGCGCAUAACAUGGCUAAAGUGCUAUGGUAUUCCAUGUCAGGUUUGGAAUGAACAUUUUUUUGGCCGUUUGAUGGAACCCAUGGGAACUUUCCUCUGUCCAGAUGAUAGUACAAGGCUCCAAAGAAAGAUGGAUGUUGCACGUGUUCUGAUUAGAACAAAAAUCUCUAAUGCCAUUAAUUGUUAG